AUGAAAAAUACUAAUUUGUAUCUAUUAGAUAUUAAGAUUAAAGAUUAACCACUUUACUCAGAGUAAUAUAAGUUCGAGCCAAAUAAAAAUACUACCAUUUCUAUUAAAGCAAAUUUAUUCCCUGUUGUGAAUGGUGGUAUAUUUACAGUUCAACUUAGAAAGCUUGGUGCCGAAUUUUAUUCAGAUUAUCAAUACUAUUAUGCAAGAAAGGACAAUCUUUAUGUUACAACCCAAAAUGAAAGUUAGGUUAGACCUUGGGACACAGAUUAAUUCUCUUAUUUGCCAGCAGAUGUUCUGAUUUCCUGGUUUGAAUUUAAGGGAGAAAUCACAUUCUUCAAGAAACCUUCAAAGACAUUGAAAGUAACUGUGACUACUGAUAAAGCAAUAUACUUACCUGGAGAAUAGGUUAAUUACACAGUUAAAGUAAUAGAUGCUUAAACUAACCAAGUUUCUAAAGAAAAUGUAUAUGUAAGUUUGAUUGUGACAGAUGACUCAGUAUUCACAAAACUUGAAGAUCGCAAGCAACCACCCUCACUUGCAGCUAGAGUACUUCUUGAAAAUGAAAUAUUAAAGACAGAUGAUAGUGAGUUCUAUUGGGGAAAUUAGUAUGUUGAGCAUUGGUUCACUUCUAAUGCUGCUUCUAAUGAUCAGAACAUUGAGCUUCUUUUUGGAGUAUAAGGAUGGAGAUACAAACUCUUUGAUACUGAAUCGAUAGUUAGGAUGACUUCAACUAACUUUCAAGGAUAUGAUGAGACAACAAAACAAGCAAUUUAGCAAUUAUUUGCACUAAAAUUAGAUAACAGAUAUUCAAAUUCAAAUUCGACAGCAAUUGCAGCUCCAGCAAUGGCAAAUAAUGCCAAUGUUAAGAGAGAUCCAGCUAUUGGAAAGAUGGCUCCUGUAAAUGUGAGAAUUUAAACAGACAGUAAUGUACCUACUGAAGAUGAUCCUAAUCAAAUUGAUUUUAUGACUGGCAUUUCUAACCCAAGGCUAUGGGCUCAUCCAAGGAGAAAGAAUUACGAUGUAAAUGAGAGAAUUGACUUAACAGAGACUGUUAUGUAUCAGUCAGCAGGAAUGGCUACCAAAGGAGAGAUUAAGGGAUCAUUCUAUCUAAGUGAUAUCAUUACCAAAUUUAGAAUCAUAGCUGACGCCUUUUCAACAACAGGAUAACUUGGUUAUUAAUAAGUAUCCUUGUAGACUCAGAAACCAGUUUAUAUGACAUUUGAUAUUCCUGCCUCAAUGAUAGUUGGAGAUAUAAUAAAAAUAAAUGCUUAAGUCUUCAAUCUUAAUUCUUACAAGAUCGCAGGUAGUCUAAGUUUAUUGAAGAUAGAUUCAAGUUUAAAUGCAACAUUACCUAAAUCUAUCAUUUCUAUUGACUCUAAAAAGAGUUCUUCAAUAGUAUUCACUAUUAAAGCCGAGAAAAUCACUGAACUUGCCCAAAUCUAAGUUAAGUUUGAAGGAACUGGCAAUAAUAUCACUUACUCAGAUUCUUUGAAAUAGGUUACAAGAGUAAUUGCUAAAGGAUUCCCAAUGAAAGUAAGCCAGGGUGGUAUGAUUGGUUCCUAGAUUUUCGAUCAAUCUACUCCAUCAUCCAUUUCUUUUGCUCUAAAUGUACCUCCAAAAUUAGAGACAAGCUCUUCAAAUUACACUCUCAAGAUAUUCAGCUCCUCAUAUGCAAGCUUAGUUGAAGCAGUUAAAGCCUUGAUUGCGGAGCCAAAUGGUUGCUUUGAGUAAACCUCCUCUGUAUCAUAUCCUAUGGUUAUGGCAUUAGGAUUCCUUUAAGCUUUGCCUGUUUAAGAUUCAAAUAUCAAGGAAAUGAAGCUAGAAAUAACAGAGAAGCUGAAAAAAGGAUAUGAUAAGCUAGUUUCAUUUUAGACAAAAGAAAAAGGAUAUGAGUGGUUUGGUUAGAGCCCAGCUCAUGAAGGAUUGAGUGCUUAUGGUCUCCUGCAAUUCAUUGAAAUGUCAAAGGUAACUCAAUUCGUUGAUGGCUAAAUGGUUAAAGACUUGAAAUCAUGGCUAUUAAGCAGAAGAAACAGUAAGGGAGGAUUUCUGCAAAAUGAUAAGGCUUUAGACUCAUUUGGUAGAGCUCCAUCAAAUAUCACUGAUGCCUAUAUUGUAUGGGCUUUGACAUCAGCAGGAGAGACUAACCUUACAGCUGAAAUCACUUACUUAAUCUCCUUAGCUGAUAAAUCAAUAACUUCAAAGUCAAUAGAUGCUUAUUUCCUAGGACUAUUGUCAUCAUCUCUAUAUAAUCUGAAGAGAAAUGAAGAAGCAUAGAAAUAUGCUGAUAUCAUUGUAAAUAAUUAAUAACCUGAGGGAAAUAUUACAAGAUCUAAGACUACUAUCACAACAUCAGAUGGAAGUUAAAGAAUCAUUGAGACAACUGCAAUUGGUAUAAUAGCUUGGAUGAAUGAUUAAAGUAGAUAUUCAUUACAAAUCACUAAGGCAAUUAACUGGCUAGUUUAAUAAGUAAAAAUUGGUAGAUAUGGAUCUACUCAAGGUACUAUUCUGUCUCUAAAGGCAAUUACUACCUACAUGAAGAAUUCUCCUACCAUAAAUGGUGAUGGAUAAUUUGUACUAAGAAUUAAUGACACUGCUGCCUAAACUAUUCAGUUUACUCCAAAGUUGAAAGAAAGUAUUGAAUUCGACUUCAAUAAUAUUAUUUCUGAUCCAAGAUUCACUGCAUUGAUAACUCCAGGUUCAACUGUCAAAGUAACUUUAUCCUUGGAGAAUUUCAAAUAAAGGGCUGGAGAGACUAGUGAUUUCAAAGUUAACUUUGCCUUUAUGUAUUCAUACUCAGACCUAAAUCCGGCACCUGCCUCAAAAGCAUUAUCGUAUGAUGUUCUCUAAAAAUUUGACGCCAAAAAUCUAGGUGCUGAUAAUUAAAUUGGAAAAUCUUUCUAAUAUGUUCUCAAUUUAAGAAAUUUAAACACAACAAAGGGUAUUGGGAUGACAAUAGCAGCACUAAGUGUGCCUGCUUGCCUGUAAAUAGAUUUCAAUGCUCUUGAAACUCUCAAAAGAAAUUAGAAUUUCGCACAAUAUGAAGUAAGAAACUAUAACUCAGAGAUAGUCUUUUACUGGAGAGCUCUUGAUAAAAAUCAGCUUAAGUCAUUCAGCCUGUCAUUUACUCAGAGAUAUGCUGGAACUUGUUAAUCAAAGCCCCAAUAUGCUUACAUUUAUUAUAAUGAUGAUCAACCUGCUUGGACUCAAGCUAAAAAAGGUUGA